CAACAUCCGGUUUGAGAUUUCAAAUGUCCAAAGCAAUCCUAUGUGACAUCUAUGAAUGCUAUAUUUUCAUUUUCUACUCGUUUAUUGAGUAGAAGACUCUCAAACCAAGCUGUAACACUGACCAGCAUGUCACACGUUUACGUACGGUCUGUUCCUUACGAGGACAAAAUCCAGAUAAAUGUCGGAUACAAUAAUAAAACUUACAAUUUAGAAAGACGAAAAGAUGAAGAGUGGACGAAAUCAACAGUCCGUCUGCAAACAAAUAUAGAAAAAACUUUGAAUAACGUUUCAAGAAAGAAAAAGAGAAGAACAGGCGAACCUGAAGGACCUCCUCCAAAGAAAGCUAUUCAUGUUUUUCUUCAGAGAAAUGGAGAGACUUUGGAUGAAAAUGUUCCCAACGUCGACGCUUGGAAUACUGGAGUCGACCUCGUGAUUGGUGAUGACAAAUUUCAAGUAGAAAUUAAUAGACCCACUGUUAAACUUUUAAUUUUACCUAAAAGUAUGUUGUCUGGAUUUUUAGUAUUCCCAAGAAUUGAAACAGAAUUUAGUAAUUCAACUGAUAAUGAGUUUAUUUGGUAUAGAGAAACCAAACCAUCUGCAGCUAACAAUGAUCUUCCUACUAAAAGUUCUUUAGAAGUCAGUCGAGGUUUUUUCUACACACCCACCAAUGCUGAUAUUGGUUAUAGAUUAAGGAUUGGAGUAAUUCCGAGGAAUGGAAAUAGAGUAGGUAGUGAAAUGUAUGUUGUUUCUAAGUUUGAAGUGGAAGCUGGCCCUGGUCUUUGCCCGUUUGAAAAUCGACAUUUGUAUACUAAGGAUAAGAGUGCUGAAGGAAGUUUACGAGUGGUUUGUUAUAAUAUACUAGCAGAUGUGUAUGCUGAUACAGAAUACACAAAAACUGUUCUGUUUCCCUACUGUCCACCUUACGCUCUCAAAUACGACUACAGAAAACAUCUUAUUUUAAAAGAAUUAGUUGGGUACAAUGGAGAUGUGAUAUGUUUACAAGAAGUUGACGCCAAAUGUUUUGAUUAUCAGUUAGUACCAGCAUUAAGUGUUCUAGGAUUUAAAGGAAUUUUUAAACCAAAAACAGGUUCUUCAGAGGGAGCGGCUUUAUUUUAUCAAGAAUCAAAACUACGGUUACUAGAACAGCAUGAUAUAGAUAUAACACCAGAGAUAAAAACUGGUUCCAUCUAUUCUGAUAUCUGGCAGAAAGUCUCAGAGUUGCCAGCAUUAAAAACAUUUUUUGAAGAUAGAACCAACAUUCUACAGAUGGGAGUAUUUGAAUGUGUUGAAAAGCCAGGCCAUGUUUUGUGUAUAGCCAACACACACUUGUUCUUUCAUCCAAACGCAUCACAUAUCCGAUUGUUACAGAUAGCUGUUUGUAUGAGACAUCUUCAAGAUAUUUUAACACAAGUAUCGUUUAUAUUCUGUGGUGAUUUUAACAGCUGUCCAAAGUCUGGUGUUAAUACUUUCAUGACAACUCAACAUAUUCCUUCUGAUUAUCAUCUGUGGAAUUCCAAUGGAGUAGAAGAGAAAUUAACAACAUUAGAACUUCACCAUAGUUUAAAUAUAGAGAGUGGUUGUGGAUAUUGUGAUUAUACUAAUUAUACCACUGGUUUUCAUGAACAAUUAGAUUAUAUCUUUAUAGACUCUAAUAACUUGAGAGUCACUCAGAUAAUCCCUCAACCAGACCACGGGGACAUUACAGCUCAUAUUGCCCUACCUAGUAUAGUAGCUCCUUCAGAUCAUAUAGCACAGAUUUGUGAUAUUCAAUGGAAAUGAAAUACUUACGUCUCUUAGAACAGUGGCAGUGCCAACCUCCCCAGACUAGGGGUACAAAUAGAUCACAGUCUGACUCAAUGGGGGACAACUGUCCGGACUGUAUUCAAAAUUGCUGUGUUGAUGUCAUAGUCGCAAGCCUCUCAUGGAAUGUCUGAAAGGGUUCUCCCAAGAAAAUUUUAGAAAAAUUGAAUUAAUUUGAUCCAUUCUGACACAUAAUCUGGCUCAAAAAUGUAUGAAAAUCAUAUUUUAAAAUUUGUUAAAAUAAAGUGGGGGUACAAUUUGGGGUGCAAACCAUUAUGCUAGGGGGGCAAAUGACCAACCUAUACCCCCUCAGGCACCGCCACUGUCUUAGAAUCAUACUAGUGAUCCUUUGGAUCGCUUUUAGUUGGUAAGUCAAUCAAUAAAUUUAACACAGUAAUAUUGAGAUAUUGUAACUGAUGAUAAAAGAGAUGUCUCCUAUUUUCGUGAUGUAUUAUGUUUUGUUGGUUAGUAGAUCUAUGAAUUGUUUAUUAAACAGAUAAUUUU